AUGGCUGCUUCGAGCCAUGACUUGGAUAAGCUUAGGAAAUUGUUGAUGGUUCGGAUGGAAUUUGGUACUGCGGGUCUUAGAUCAAGGAUGGGUCCUGGUUACUCUCAAAUGAAUGAUCUUACCAUCGUUCAAACUGCUCAGGGGUUGCUCAAGUAUCUUACCGACAAUCACAGCUAUCUGAAACCCAAAGGGAUCAUUGUUGGCUUCGACGGACGCCAUAACAGCAAGAAAUGGGCUAGUAUCACUGCUAACAUCUUCACUCGUGCUGGUUGGAAGGUCUACCUGUUCAGAGACUUUAAUUCUACCCCCUUACUGGCCUAUGGUGUCCGACACUUUAAAACUGCCUGUGGUGUUAUGGUUACUGCCUCUCACAAUCCUAAAGAUGACAACGGCUACAAGGUCUACUGGGAGAAUGGCGCACAGAUCCUUUCUCCACAUGAUAAAGGGAUCGCCAGUGCUAUUCUUCAGAGCCUCGAACCACAAGAGACCUCUUGGCAGUAUGAAGAUGUGACGAAAAACCCUCUUUGCCUGGAUCCAAUGCCUGAGUUAGAGGAUACAUAUAUGAAGGUUCAGAAAGAAACCAUUUGUUUUACCGAGGAAGAGAAUGGAAAAUCUGAUGUGAAAUUUGUCUACACCGCCAUGCACGGUGUUGGUGCCCCUGCAGCCCAAAGAAUCUUUCAUCAUUUUGGUUUUAAACAUCUCGUCCUGGUUGAGGAACAGAUUAAACCUGAUCCUGAGUUCCCCACCGUCAAAUUCCCCAAUCCAGAGGAGGGUAAGUCUGCUCUUGAACUCGCCAUCGCCACUGCUAACAGAGCCGGUGUUACUGUCAUCUGUGCCAAUGAUCCUGAUGCUGAUCGUAUGGCUGUGGCUGAGAAAUUGCCCAGCGGCAAUUGGAAAAUUCUCAGUGGAAACGAACUGGCCACUCUACUGGGAUGGUGGAUGUGGACAAAUUGGCGGAAACGCAAUCCUCACGCCGAUCUCUCCAAGGUCUACAUGAUUGCCAGUACGGUGUCAUCGAAGAUCCUUCGCGCUAUUGCACAAAAGGAGGGCUUCAAUUUUGAAGAAACCUUGACUGGAUUCAAAUGGAUUGCCAAUAAGGCCUACGAGAUUAUGCAAAAGGGAGGUGAGGUUAUCUUUGCUUUCGAAGAAGCCAUCGGGUUCAUGUGUGGAACCACUGUAUUGGACAAGGACGGCAUUGGAGCCUUCAGCGCGGUGUGUGAGAUGACCUCUCACCUCUACAACCAAAAUCUUUCACUAGUCAAACAAUUAGACCACAUUUUUGACAUCUACGGCAAGCAUGUAUCUAACAACAGCUACUACUUCUGCUACGAACCACCAAAGAUUGUUAAAAUGUUUGAGCGCCUGCGUCGCAUGCCCGGGGGUGGUCACUAUCCUUUCGCCUGUGGUCGUUUCAAGGUGACAGGUGUGCGUGAUCUAACCGUUGACUAUGACAGCUCAUAUCCCGAUAAGAAGGCUAGACUUCCAGUCAGUGCGUCGAGUCAAAUGAUAACCUUCACUUUUGACAACGGAGCGAUUGUGACAUUGCGUACCAGUGGAACCGAACCGAAAAUCAAGUAUUACUCGGAGCUCUGUGGAAAACCGGGUGAUAAACGAUCAAUGGCUGAGUUGGAGGCAGAGUUGGCUGAACUGAUUGGCUUGAUGGUGGAGGAGUUCUAUCAACCUAAAUUGAACGGAUUCACGGCGAGAUCGUACUAG